CAACAGGUGGCGCCCUAACUCCUGCUAGUAGUCAAGUAUUUAUUGAAGGCAGGAAGCUGGUCUAAGUAAGGCAGCAAAUGUUUUUUUUAUAGGUAAAUAAAAAAAGAGAGUGAGUUGAAUAAAAGUUCAGGAAGGAUCCAAUAGAACACAAAAGACGCCACAGUCGCCAUGGGAGGCAAACUGAGCAAGAAGAAGAAGGGCUACAACGUCAACGAUGACAAGACCAAAGAUGCCAAUGCAGAGGGGGCGGGUCCCGAGGACAACCAGAAGCUAAAAGACAACAAAGACGAGGCGGCCACCCCCGUCGAUACCAAGGAAGCGACCAACGACACAGCGGCCAAGGAGGCGCCAGCCAAGGAAGAUGAGAAGAAUGCAAUCAAGGAGCCGGAGAAACCCGUCGCCAACGCUGAGCCCAAAACGGAUGGCGCCAAGAGUGCCGAGGCCGCCAAGGCAGAAGAGACCCCGGUUGUCCCCAAGGAGCCGCCCUCCACCGCUAAGGACGGCGGCAAAGAUGAGGCCAAUGCCAAAAAGACUGAGGCCCCCAAAGUCGAGGCGACCCCCAAAGCCGAGGCGGCACCCAAAGCCAAUGCGGACCCCUCCGCGUCCCCAGACCCCAAAGCCUCGGACGCCAAGGAGACACCAAGUUCAACGGCGGUCCCAGAAGCUGCGCCUAAAGAGGGCAACGCCACAGAGGCGCCCAGCAAGGAUCAAAGUGUAGCAGCUCAAGAUUAAUGGACAGCUGACCACACCACAACCACAAGGCCCCGCCCACUUUGGACAAUAACAACCAAUAAUAAUUAAGACGACCCCGGAGCAUCCCCCCACCACCCACCCCCACAGUAGACUACUAUUAUUCUUGUUGUUGUUGUUGUUUAUGUUCUACUUUUGAGGAUUUUUGACACCAGCAUCAUCACCAUCACAUGACAUCACACCUUAGCCUCGCACCCUCUGAGGUCCCCCCGACCCCCAAAAUCAGCUGAUAACAAAGUUCGGAGCUCUGGUUCUGGUCCACAAACAAGAAGUUUAUCGAUCAAAUUUGUAUCUCUCAUAAACUCAAGCAGAACUUCUUAAAAUAAAUGAUUAUUAAAACUUCUUAAGAGGGGAGAGAAGUUGAUAUCAAACGAGCAUGUUAUCCUUUUAUCGUCCCUGGCCGUUUCAAUGACAAGCAUCCUGAUGCGACACAUUCAUCAUUAGCACCACCCCCAGUCAAAAGUUUCGAGACACUUCGCGAAUGAAGGUGUGUCCAAACCUGGGGACUACUCCUGCUGGUGCACGUGCACGACGACAUGCACGUGCACCAGCAUAUCUCCAUCACGUCACCUUGCAUGUCCGUGCUGGUCGUGUCUUUUUGGUCCCCCCGACCCCCAAAAGAUGCUGCUGAUGAUGAUGAUGAUGAUUUGUGUUUCCAUGGCGACUGUGUUUGCAUCCCACCGACGCUCGCUCCGCGUCCUAAAGACAAAAGAAGAAAUGGAAAGUUUCCAAGUUGUGUGUAAACAAUAAAAAGCAGAGCUUGA